AUGUUGCACUUCCUGGUCAGCCGGUCAUUGGAUUCGCUGAGGUGUACGAUGGUGUACUUCAUGUGCUUCAGUCGGAACAACAUUUCGUUGCGACUGUCCGUGGCACUGACGGUCAGCGAAGUCGUCAUCGAUGGCAGCGAUCCGUUCGAUUCUUUCAGUUUGUUGAUCUGUGCAGCACCGCUUAUAAAUAUAGACCAUACAUGCAGCAUCCCAUUUCGUCAUUACGAGAUCGUUCCGAGGCCACUUCUGGUUUCAUACAGCAACGAGAGGUAG